UAACGCCCUAGAUGGCGCAACUGAUUUCUCUAGUACUGUGCAGUAUGGAGAAAAUUUGACACUUGUCACAAAAUAAUAAUAUCAAUUUAAUUUUUUUGGUGUUCUUUUGGAGUUUAGUAGAUCAAAUAAGUAAAAAAAUAAUUUUAUUUUCUAUCUGGUGUGCAGUUCACCAGUUGACACAGUCUUCAUAUCCACCAUAUCGUCAAUUUGCGUUUGUCUCAUAGCCCCAUUUUUUUAUAUUGUCCUCGUUUAAUUUGUUUGCUGGUAUUUUUCUAGACACUAGAAAUUGUUAAAACACUUCACGUUGCUUAUUCGAAAGGUGUUUUUGAUUAUAUUUCAGUAAAAAUGCCCAAAAAACACAAACUGAAGUCUGGGGUCACUUUCCAACUGGUGAAUAGAAGCCAGCAAGAUCCAUUGAUUACUGAUGAGAAUGCCCCGCAACAUGUCUUGGUUCCAAUCAGUAAGGACUUUAAGGAAAAGCGUAGAGAAGAGCAAAUAAAGUAUGGAGUUUACUUCGAUGAUGAAUUCGACUAUUUGCGGCAUCUCAAAGAUCGCAAAGACAACCACGUGCAUUGGCCAGACAACGUGGAGGAGCUUCUCGAGAAGAGGAAGCAGGAUCGGGACAAACCCAAACUCGAACUACCAUCAUCAGUUUUCCCUUCCAAAGUGGAGGAAGACGUUGGAAUGUUAAACAAAGCAGCCCCCGUGACUGGCAUUCAGUUACAAUUGGAUCGAGACAUCGUUGCGGCAAUGGAUGAGGAUUUUGAUUUUGAGGACGUCGACAACCAGUUGGAGGAUAACUUUAUGGAUUUGGCUGGCAGUGAGGUGUCGGACGACGCUUUGGUUCCGAACCGCUUGGAAGACUUUCAAUAUGACGGUGAAGAAUUAGACCAAAUGGGGCCUUGGUCGGGUGAUGAUCGGCCAUUUUCCAAGCCCAAGUCCAGAUUUACUGAACACUCAGUAUCAAGUUCGGUUAUCCGAAGGAAUUCAGAACUGCAGCUUUUAGAUGCAAGAUUCGAAGUACUUGCUGCACAGUACGAUCCAAUUCACAUCGGCAGUCUCGAUACAGAAGAAAUUGAUGGAUACGUACCACUCGACAUGAACGACUCUAGAAUCAAAGCUUGCUAUGACGAAUUUGAACAGUCGCGAGCUGUUAAAAAGCUGGAUACCCCAACGUUUGACCAAAAAACAAAAGAAUAUAUCCUGAAAUUUCAAGACAUUGGUGAAGAGAGCGAGGAGUCAGAAAGUGAGGAAGAGAAGACCGUUUGUACUAAAUCCGAUGUGAGCACGCUACCCAAAUACGUCAACUUGCCAACACUAAUCGAUGUUCCUAAACGUAAACAGAUUCAGACCGAUCGAGUUGGCAUACCCAGGGAUGUUUUGGGCAACAAUCAACUCACCAGGAAGACUUUGGGGAAACUUGAUGGGGAGAACGCUAAAGAAGAAGGUGCUAAAUCUUUAGCAGGUAAAACCCUCGUCUCUCAACUAUCCGAGCUGUCUAUAAGGCCGAAAGGCGAAACUUCGGAGGAAAGAAGAUUAAGAAAGAAAGGUCUCAAAGAGAUUAGAAAGCAGCGGAGAAUGGAGAAGAAACAAAAUACCCUGCUAUUUAAAAUAUGUAGUAAGCAGGAAGCCCUGAUUGCCUUAAAUAGAGGCAACAUGCCUGGAACGAAGCUCCCGUAGAUAUCUUCAUGUAAAGAAGUCAGCCCCGAGCCGAAAGGCAACGGAUGUUCUUGUUAUUUUUUGUGACUCAAAGAAAGUGAUUUGUAAUAGCAA